GUGGUCGACAGAUUCUCCAAGAUGGUCAGAUUCAUCGCUUUGCCUAAAUUACCAUCCGCCAAGGAGAUGGCGGAGAUUAUGAUGACUAAUGUGUUCAGAGUUCAUGGAUUCCCCAAAGACAUUGUUUCAGACCGGGGGCCCCAAUUUGUAUCACGGUUCUGGAGGGAGUUCUGCCGACUAAUUGGAGCCAAGGCCAGCCUAACAUCUGGAUAUCAUCCUGAAGCCAAUGGCCAGACCGAACGACUAAACCAGCAGCUGGAAACCGGCCUCCGGUGCUUGGUCUGCCAGAACCCCUCCACAUGGAGCAAGCACCUGGUCUGGGGUACCAGCCCCCUCUCUUUCCCGAGAAUGAGUUGGAAGUGUCGGUCCCCUCCGCCCAUGCCAUGGUCAAACGUUGUCGCCGUAUUUGGGCAGCCGCCCGCCAGGUAUUGAACAAACAAGGAGAUCGGAUGAAGCGGGCGGCAGACCGCAAGAGACGGCCUGCGCCCGCCUACCAGCCUGGUCAGAAAGUCUGGCUAUCAGCCAAGGACCUACGCCUCAAGGUUCCAUCAAAGAAACUGGCACCACGUUUUGUAGGCCCAUUCCCAAUCAAUAAACUCGUCGGACCUGCAGCAGUGCGGCUUCGUCUUCCCCGAUCCCUCCGCGUCCAUCCCACCUUCCACGUCAGUCAGAUCAAACCAGCCAAAGUAAGCACCAUGGUCCCAGCCACCACGUCCCCUCCACCACCCGAAAUGAUCGAAGGCGGACCAGUAUACAAGGUUAAACGCUUGUUGGCAGUACGGAACCGGGGCCGGGGCAGACAAUUCCUGGUGGAUUGGGAAGGAUAUGGACCCGAAGAGAGACAGUGGGUUCCGUCCCGCCACAUUGUCGACCCCACUCUCAUCAGGGACUUCUAUAGACUCCACCCUGAGAUUCCUGGGCCGUCAGGAGUCGGCCUUAGAGGGGGGGGUUCUGUCACACCUGGGUGAAGUUUCG